ACUCACCUUUGCAUGUUUUUGAACCGCUAGGUUGGCAGGAGCUGGGGCUGAGAGCGGAGGCUAGUACAGGAGGCUUAUAGAAGGUUUCUGUUUCCUACAAACUGAAGUCUAACCCAUCUGGGAGACCAAGGGUUUGCAGACCUAUCCUGAAUUGUUCUCUCCUGUCAAGUUCAGCUUUUUAGCUUUGCAAACUUUAUGGGAACCGAGACACGGGACACACUAUUUCCGCAUGAUCCGAGUGCUGGUUCUGUUCAAAGUUGGGCAGAGAGUUGGGUUCUGUGGGAUGAUUCGCGGAUCUGCCUGGUCAUCUUUAUUAUGUUAUUUUCCCUGAAGCGCAUCAAAAAAGGCUUGAGCAAUGCGGAUGUGUCCUCAUUUCUGAUAAUAUAGAGCAGCCAAGAAAGCGCCGGUUUUCUGCGUUGCUGUCCCUUUUUCUUUUUCUUUUUGCAGAAACCAGAUCAUUCUGGACCUAAAUGGGUUUUUAGGUAGUUAAUUCGUUUUGCGAAAGGCUGCUUUACGGGAAGCCGUGUCUUCGUUUCCCAGCUGGGACCACGGCGUUAAUUAGCAGCGUGGAAAUGAGGAUGGAGGGAAGGAGAGGCACGUUGGGCGGAUGGGCCGUCUGUCGGGAUGGAACCGUCUGUCAAAACCCACUUUGGAAGCCCAGAUGCCUGUUCUCUCUCCUUUCCGUGUCGGGAAUUGUUCCCGUUCGUUUUAUUUCUUUUGCAAACAACUUCUCCCGAUACAACCGUGGGAAUGCCAUUCUGGAGAUGAGAGCUGCAUCUCAGAAUGGAGAAGAACGGCACCGUUCUCAUUAUAGUCCUUGGCACCGGAACGGAAGUAGUAGUUGAAGGAGCCUGGCCGUGUUCCAGAAGCAUUCUCUCCUGACAUUUCGCCCACAUCUAUGGCAGGGAUCCUCAGAGGUUGGGAGGCCUGUUGGAAACUAGAACCGUCUCGACUUUCUCAACCUGCUUCCCGUUCGUUCCAGCCGCUAAUUCUCGAAGGACGUUUCCGUGUUGGUCUUGGAGAGCCCGUUCUUCAUCACACCUGAGGACGGACGGACGGACGGACGGCUCGCUUCACAGGGACGGGAUGGACGGCUGUUCCGUCCUGCGCCCUCCUCCUGCUUCUCAACAUCCGGCUCUCGAGGUGAUGAUGCCCUUCUGCAACAACGGGUCCCGCUGCCAGCCCCAAACUCAAGACCCCGAAAUGCAUCAGCCGUCCCGGCAUUCGCUGUGUCGCCAACCCUGAGCCCAAGCCAAGCAUCGUCUCAGCAAAACCUUCUUCUUAGAACAAGAGUCGCCUUUGACAAAUGGACAAGAAGGUCAAAAGGUGACCCAAGGACAACACAAUGACAACGUCUACAGCUGGAGGUGUUGAGACCAAAAGCCCAAUGACGAAGCAGAACCCGCCCGAGAAGAAGCCGGCGGGAGCGGCCACCCCUUCCCGGUGGCACCGGCACAGGUUUCGGCGCAAAGUCCCCUCCGAAGUGGUCGUGAAGGGUCAGCUGCGCAUGCGCUCCCCCUCCGGAGCCUUUGUGAUGGUGGGCGUCUCGGUCGUCCUGGUGGGCAUGACCAUCGCGGUCAUCGGGUACUGGCCUUACCGUUCCAGGGCCGGAGGCGGACGGCCCGGGACCUCCAACGGCACGGACGAGAUCAAGAAGGAAGUGCGGAUCGUUGCACAUCCCGUCCUUCACAGCGAGAAGCUGAAGCUCAUUGGUCCCGUGAUCAUGGGCAUCGGGCUCUUCAUCUUCAUCUGCGCAAACACCAUGCUCUAUGAGAACCGGGACAUGGAGACGCGCUUGUUGAUGCAGAGGGAGCUCUACUCCAUGGGGACGGUCCUGCCGCCGGACACCAGGCAAGCCAGCGGCUACUUCCAGAGACGGUCCACCCCUCCGGCCCUCCUGGCCAACGCGGAGUGUGUGGAAGGCUGCUACGAAGUGGACCUCUCUUCCAGUGGCUUCCAGUCCUACUCCAGCCCCAUGAAGAAGUGGGCCAGCAACGGCAGCUCCAAGGGGCUCCAGGCGGCCACGCGGCUCCUUCACCACAACAGCCUCUCGCCUUCCCUUUCCUUCCUGAGCGUCCACUCAGACUCUGGGAACGUGGUGCCGGAAAACGCGGGCUGCCCCUCCACACAAGGAUCUGACUCAUUCGCCUCCACAUCUGCCAACACCUUGUCACUGCCUCUCAUGAAACUCAACCGUUGUCUUUUGGAUAAACAAGGUGCUUCUCAUACGAUGGUGCAGGACGUGGAAGGAAAUGCUGUUGAGUUGCAAGAAGAGGAGGAGAUCUUGAGACUCUCCUGGACUCUCCAAACAGAUUGCAUUAAGGAACUCAAAGACAGCCACGUGGUUAUUGAGAUGGACAACGAGCCUCCUUCGGGCACGUCAGCUGAAAAACGCCUGCACCCUCCGUACACAAAGAGGGAAUUUGGUUCAACCCCUCAGGUCUCCAGUUCAGGUCAUUCCAAGUCCCUAGAUCUUGGCCAACAGAAGGUGCUCUUGAUGGCAUCGGUCAACAAUAAGAAAAACAGAAGCUGGCCUAGACUCGACCACAUCGGCCUAGUCAACUAUGCAAAACUGGAAAGCAAGGGCGAGUCUUCCGAUAGGCUGUUGGAGACGACGAGAGAGCCGACCAGGGGGGAAAGCGGACACGUGUCUUUGGAACUGGACUCAGAGAUGGGCCUUGGCAUCUGACCUGCGUUAGAGAGACUAUUCUUGUUCCCGUUCUGUCCAUCUGCUCCACUGUCUUGGGCAUUGGCUCUGAAUCUAUGUAGCUUUGCGGUUAUGGCUGCUUGGGCCGUUGGAGGAGGGCCAUCCGGGAUGCUGCUCCGUGGGUUGCCUUACGAGCUCCCGCCCCACUCGCCUGCAUGCGACCCUUCGCUUUGAAAUGGGAAUGGACUCCCCGCUCUGAUGCCACGGGGUGGAGAAAGUGCGUCCGUCAAUCACUCCUCCUCUAAGAACUCAUGGUGGGACUCCAGAGCGAGUGAUGGGAUGGCUAGAGGUUCGGAAACGAAUGUUUGACGCCUCCGAAAGUAGCAAAGAACCUGGUUUUAAAUCUUGUGAGAUUAUACUUUUAUACAUAGAUCCUUGUUUCCAAGCUCAUUGGGGAUUAAACGCAAUCCCUGCCUGUGA